UCAUAGAGUUGUUACCUAGUGGCCUCAGACUUGACUCGUUCUUCAUUCAACUCAAACUCAACUCACCCCAGGAGGACAAGAAGAAGAAGAAAUAUCAUCAUCGUCGUCGUCGUCGGACGCACGCGCCACCGCCUCACCGUCGCACCACUCCGCCUCAUAUUCAAACAUUCAAAUCUACGCCGUCAUCUGAAUAAUCGAAUUGAGCCGAUUUGCAACUGUAUGGAGUUAAGUUUCCUCCUUUAAGGAUACAUGCUGAUUUAUCCUCGGAUUCACUUUGCUUUAGGUGAAUGACUUGUAUAUCAAGCAAAGGGUGGUGCUAGUUUAAGUUUAGCUUGCAAGAACACAUUAGGCAUCAAAUAGUGGUGCGGGUAUUAUGGAUGUUGCUAAUGGUGUCAACAACUCUGCUAGCCUAGCUUCUAAACAAAGACUCCGUUGGACCCAUGAGCUUCAUGAACGAUUUGUCGAUGCUGUCGCCCAACUGGGUGGCCCCGAUCGGGCUACUCCAAAAGGUGUGCUUAGAGUCAUGGGUGUUCAAGGUCUAACCAUUUAUCAUGUGAAGAGCCAUUUGCAGAAAUAUCGGCUGGCAAAGUACCUCCCAGAUUCCUCUUCUGAAGGAAAACCGUUCGACCAGAAAGAAUCCGGUGGCAUGCUUUCCAGUUUGGAUGGGUCAUCCGGGCUGCAGAUUACGGAAGCGCUGAAACUGCAGAUGGAAGUGCAAAAGCGACUGCACGAGCAGUUGGAGGUACAAAGGCAGCUUCAGUUACGGAUAGAAGCCCAAGGGAAGUACUUGAAGAAGAUCAUUGAAGAGCAACAGAAGCUGAAUGGAGCUGCAUCUGAAGACAAUUGUCAAGAUCCACCAUCUAUCAUCGAAAACUCAACAAAGAUCAACAACAUUUCUGUUGACAUGAUAGGUGAACCCUUGACACCAGACUCAGGUUCACCAGAACGGUCCAUGAAAAAGCAACGGUUGAGCAUGCACGAGAUGCUAGAGUCGAGCAUAAGGCCACCAUUCCAGUAGCAAUAACUGAAUUCAUCUGGGAUGUCGGCGGGCGGUUACUUGACAAUGAAUCAUGGUUUGUUUUGUUGUACCCCUGUGCAGAUUACAGGAAUAUAUAUUUGAUUAGUAGAUUCAUAGGGUGUGGUAAGAUUGAAAAACUCUUUAACUAGUAUGCUGAAGUUAGAUGAUGAUGAUAUUAAUGUAUUUGUUGUUUGUCGGUAUCUUCAACCGCACGUUACUCGCUAUAUUCAAUAUCAAUGUAAAACACAGAGCUCAUGUUCUAGAUUAUAGAUACAGUGUCCAACCUUGUCAAAAA